CAGCGCGGCCGCUCGCUCUGCCCCGGCGCCCGCCUGCCUUCCCUCCUCUCGCCGCCUCGCCGCAGCCCGGGCUCCGCCGAGUCAAAGCGUGGAUCCCUGCCUCCAGUAUAAAAAUCUCGGCGAGAAGGCUCCAGCGGGAGAGAGAGAGAGAGAGAGCUGGGCGUGAGGCGGCGGCCGGCAGCCCUUCCCGGGGAAGCGCAGGGGCAGGACCAGCCGCGGCUCAUCGCGGACCAGCGCGGCUCGCCCCUUCCAGCUGCGGGACAAGAGCUCUGUGCUGCCCCAAAAUGCAACAGCAACGUCGAAUGUUCACAGCUGCCCUCCUGGCACUCAUUUUCCUUCUGGCAGCUGUGAGUACCACUGAGGCUGGCAAGAAAGAGAAACCAGAGAAAAAGGUGAAGAAGUCUGACUGUGGGGAAUGGCAGUGGAGUGUCUGCGUGCCCACCAAUGGUGACUGCGGUCUGGGGACACGGGAGGGCACUCGCACUGGAGCUGAGUGCAAACAAACCACCAAGACCCAGAAGUGUAAGAUUCCCUGCAACUGGAAGAAGCAAUUUGGAGCGGAGUGCAAAUACCAGUUCCAGGCCUGGGGAGAAUGUGACUUGAACACAGCCUUGAAGACUCGGACUGGGAACCUAAAGAGAGCCCUUCAUAACGCUGACUGCCAGAAGACUGUCACAAUCUCAAAGCCCUGUGGGAAGCUUACCAAACCCAAACCUCAAGAAUCCAAGAAGAAGAAAAAGGAAGGCAAGAAGCAAGAGAAGAUGCUGGAUUAAUAGGAAUCAACUUGGGCAGUGUGAGAAAGGGACAUCAGCAAACAUGAUCAGUUAACAGUUUCAUUUAUACCUAGGCAUUUUAUCCUAAAAUUAUUUAUAGCUUAAUGGUACCAUAGAAGACAAAAAGCAAGUACAGACAUUUUUUAUUUUUUUUUUAUUACUUUAGUAUUUUUAAUGUAUAACCCUAACAACAAUUUUUAGAGGUCUGUAAUUAAGAACUCCAAACUCAUUUAGAAAAUUAUGUCUACUGUAUAUUGAACAAUGUAGAAUUUUUAAAUUUUUUUUUUCCUCAAGUCUUGCUACAGGUCUCAAUCUGAUAGUUAGUCCAUGCAAGCAGAACCUGAGCCAGUGUGGAGCUCUGCUGAAGCCAGUGGUAUCCUGUGUGAACAUAACACUCUGGCUGGAUGCAUUUAUAUUCAAGAUUGGGACCUUAAAUCUGAAAAAUUGAGGCCUGUUUCUUAAUUUCUAAUUACAUCUGCAUAACUGUAUGAUUUUUUUUUUUUGUUUAAGGAAGGGAUGGGGGCAUUUUGUUGAAUAUUUACAAGUCUGGGAUUUUCUUGACAGUGUACUUAAUGUUCAUUUCAAAAUGUCACCAUCUACAGGUAAAAACCAGUAACACUCCUUUAUUUAAUCAUAUUUUCAAUGUUGGCAGUAAAUCUAAAAUCUUUCAACAAUUGCACAUAAAAGAUUCCUAAUUUUUCAUUAUUUUCUAGCAAUUAUUUUUCAAAGUGGAAUGAUGACAAAACCUUCCACUUUUCAGCAUAUCAGUGUUGGUGGAUGGUAUUGUCCUCCAUUUCACCUAUAAAAACUGAAAAAUGCUGUAUUUUAUUUGUUCAUUUUGACAUAAGGGGGAAAAUCCUUUUCACAAAAGAUCUAAUUGAAAUUGCUGUGAUUCUAUCUGACCCAGCUCCCUUUUGUAUCAGUGGAAAUAUUCCUGUUCAUCUUAAUUAUAGCUGGUUAAAAAAUAGCAUGUCUGGUGGGAAAUAAAAGGAGAAAUCCGUUUGGAAACCACCAGAAGUAGUUCAUAUUUUUGACCAAAAAAGGGGCAAUUUGUGGGACCCAAAACCAAUAGGAAUGAAAUUAUUUUUGGUUUAUCUUUUAGUAAAACAAAAGGGAAAUAUAAAACCAGUAUCUUUUGCUUUCUUCCAUUUUUAUAUAAGCAAAAAGACCUUGGAAAAAGCUCAGUCAACAUGAAAUUAGUUAUGAUUUUUGAAAAUAUAGUCUGCAGAGGGAAAAAAAAUUACAACCAGCUGUUUUUCGGCUUGUUCAGUUUUCUUAAUUUAAAUGAUUCUGAAUCCUGAGAGAAGUCACAAAGCAGAAAAAAGAUCUGACAAAUGGCUGGUCUGUCUCAAGGUAAACGAUUGUUUAACAAGCUGACAACAAGCAGACCAAAAUUAUUAAAGGAACACAUGAGGGAUUUCUGCACCCAAAUUAAGUUCAGAAUCAUUGUUUCAGAAUUCUAAAUGUUAAAAUUCAACAGCAAGAAACAAGAUUUGCUGUUUGUGUAGGCUGCAGGCUUGCCUGCUGCUCAAGAGGAACAGUCUCCUUUGCACUCCUGCAUGGUACCCACUGCCUUCAGUGAAGCUGCAGCAGGCUGUGUUCAUCUGAGUAAAUCACAUUUCUCUCUUGGGAUUAGCUUGUAGGCAAGCAGAGAGUCUUUUUUUUCAUACUAACAUCACUUCCCUUUUCUAUGCAAACAAAAUUGUAACAAUUGUAGAGCUUACCCUCUUUUGUCUCACGUGGAGGGAAAGGCUGAUCUGGACUCAUGGUGAGGCAAGUCCUGUUCCCAAACAAUCCUGAAGCCUGCUAGCCAAGGCUACGUAUAGCUUAAGGUGGACUAACUUCACAAUUAUUUCCCAGACUCCCUGGGUGUGUUUUGCACUCUGUGUUGAUGUCCUUGCUAUUUUGACUGUGUUGUUAGACAUACCUGAGUCUGUGGUAGAGUAAAAAAUGUCCCCCACACACGGUGGAUGUGCAAUGACCAAAUCUAAAAUCAUAAAGGCUCAUAUUUAGGUGAUUCUGGGUGCUAUUUGGUUUGUUCAUGGUCUAAUCAGGUCUACCUGUGCUUGUGCCUCAGACUUAAACUAAUGGUUUGGUAGGUCUGGUUGAAAGCAAAGGGAGAAGGAAACUUUUUUUCACUCACCAAAGGUUUGUCUGUCUAAAUGCUGCAUCAGUUCACUUAAAGUGGCUCAGCUUUGAGUGCAAACACUGUUGCACCAUUGUCUCACACUGGUUCAUCUAGUUCAUGUUUCAUAGGGAGCUGGCAGGAAUUGGGAAUGAUAUUGAGAUCAACAUUCUGAUUGUCCUUUAGCAAACCUUAGAUGUGAUUUCUUUUUUCCACCUCCAUAAGUAUAAAGAAAAUAAAUUCCCCUGUGUUUCCUCUGACACUUUAUGAUCCUUUUGUUUAACUGCCCAUCUGGCUUGUUAAAGGAACAUUCCUAAUAAUUUUUGAAGGAAGCCAGUCAAGUUCCCGUGGUGGCAUAGGGCCUUCAUGGAGAUAUUUUACAGAAAUCAAGGAAGCAAAACAAAAAAUAUCAUGUUAGGACCAGAAGAAAAUUCAGCAAAUGGUGUGAAAUAGGAGAACAUUUCUAUAUUGGCAUCUUAUUGUUGACAGUAAUUGGAGUAAUAGUUUAUAAACUUAAAAUGAAGAAAAUUUUCAAUAAGGCAGAAGAAAACAUUCAGUGGAAUGUCUAGCUAUGCAGGAGGUGAUUAAGUAAUUUAUGGCAGAACACAGAGGAAGAUUGAAUAGGUCGGUCGGGUCAGCUCUGAAAGGAGGCUCCUGGUACCCAAAAGGAGCCCUUGUGUCGCUAGUGACAUUAUCAAGAAAGCAAAAGGCAAGAUUCUGAACAAAACCUCUUCCCACCCAUCUUGAUCAGUUUCUACUUCAGUCAUUCUGAAACUUCUCCUUAUUUGCUUUCUAAUCUUCUACCCUCCCUGCUUUGGGAGGGCAAGCUUUUCUGACAGUGCUGAGGGAGCAGCUAGCUCAGAUGAAAAACGUGUUUACCCUCUUGGUGCUAUCCUAUUACAAUGAAAAAUGACUUAGCAUAGAUGAGUUGCUUACCUAGUUUAACUGGCAGAGAUUUGUUUCAUGAAUGUCCCACUCGAGGAGUGGUUUACAUCUUCAUUUGCUACAACUGUAACAGAGUAUGGGGAGGUGAUAAAAAUCCCCCAAAUGACAAUGUUUUCCUGAGCACUCAAAUCUCUUGGAAAAGAGAUGGGUGAGUUGCUUAACAUCAGCUAAGGAUGAAUCUGUAUCCAGACUCUGGAUUCCAAUGAGUUUAAACUUGAAUAUAUUUCAGUACAUUUGGUUAUAUCUCCCUUCCCUUUCUCUAAGCAGAGGCAAUGCUCCUUUCAGUUAGACCUGUCUGUAUCUUGAUUUAAAAGAGUAUUUCAGGAUUGGGACAUUUUCUGACUUAGACAUGUCUUCUGACAGGAAUUCCCAUAGUGAAUGAGAGUCAUUGCUUGUCAGCCUGGCCUAUUUAACAGCCUAUUAAGUGCAACAAAACUGGGCAAGGCUCCAGGAAGGGAAAAUGUUUGUUGUACAUGCAGGUAGAUACUAAAUUGUAAUUUACUGAUUUUCAUAUUCUAAUUCCAUAAUGGCAUUCUGGGCUGAACUGUUUUUCAAAGGAGAAAUGUUAGAAGAAAGAAAGAAUAGCAAUUAUAAAAUGUAUAAGCAGGCAGCUUUACAGGGUUGGUCAAGAACAGAGAGAGAGGAAGUCAGAAGCAUUUUUAUACAAAUUUCUGUUGCAUGCUCCUUAUGUGUGGAAGGUGGAAUUACUGGUUGGCACAUUUGUUUUUAUGCUUUCCCUUAUUUGUGCCUUAAUGAAAACUAAUCAAAUGUAAAGCAUUGCAGAGAACUCCAGCCUCAAAAGAAAGUGUUCAAGUGGAGGCAAAAUCAAAAGGAGACAACAGCAUACAGUCUAAUGUCAGUGUUGAGGAUGAGACAACAACCUAAUUUUCCAAGUCUAGGUACUGCAGCAGCAUUAACAAUGUAAACUCACCGCUUUUCUAAGGCAAUGUGUUGGUGAGGUGGACACCAUUUUGAUAUCACACAGCAGCCUUUCAUGUCUCUGACAUCUUACAAAGAAGAGGAAGCUGUAUGUCAGUGGAGGUAGGUAUCUUGUAUUCAAUCAAUUUUAAUUCUCUAGGACAGCACUUCUCUGAAGUUGAGACUGAGUUCUGUCCUUUGCAGAGACAAAUUAUCCAUGUUGCUUGCCUUCCCACACUUAUCCAUAAUUUUGGUAGCAUUUGUAGGUUUUCUGUCAAUUCUGUUAAGGCACCCUACUUCUCAGUUAGACUUCUCUGGAUGUUGUUGAUCUUUCCUUGAGAUUAUAUUCUCCACUUCUUCCUGGAUUGUUUUAAAACAGCCCCAGGAAGUCCCAUCAAGUUCCUCCAACUGUGUCCUUCUGAAAUUAAAUGACACAGUAGCAACUUGUUAAUCACUGUAUGACAGUGAACAAGUAAGUCUGAUAACGAGCAAAGAGAGUCACUGAAUUUGCUGGGAGGAUGAAUUGCUGGUGUAACUUUCCUCAUAACUCGACCUUGUCAUGGCUUCCCAGGGGAAAGAAAUGAUCAAAUGAUCAUCUCAGAAAUUAGAGACAUUGAUGCAGCCGUGUCUGCCUUCGAGCAAAAAACCACAGAAAACAGAAAAUCACCUUAAUUAGACAAGUAGUGUCAAGAAGCUGUAUCCUUUACCACUGUCUUUUUUUAUCAUUGAAUUAUAAUGGUGCAUAGAGUUUAAGGUAUAGUGAAAGACUUGCCUGAGCAGGUGUAGAGCAUAAAGAGAGCCUAUUCCACCCAUAGGUGUUCGCAUUUGGAGAAGAUGUAGGUGGUCUCGUUCAUAGCAGCAUCAAACUUCGUUUUUUGGACCAAAACAAAACAAUGCUGAUAUCCAAUAAUUUUCCUAAUGACCCCUUCUGCUACUCUUUACAAAUGGCCACCUAUUUUGUGGCCUCAUCACCCUGAACUGAACAAAAAUCUGGGAAAACAUGAGAAUUCAACUGUAUCAACUAGUAUUAUCUCAUUGCUGGGGUUGUACAAGCCUUUAGUCCUUUCUGUAGUUUGCCAUUUAAAAUUGAGUGUCUUGGAGUCCCAAAUGGCUAAGGAACUCUGUAAGUAUCUCCUAGCCUUUAAACCACUCAGCUUUGAGUGAGUGGUGUGUGUAAAAGCUGCACCUACAGAUUUGAUCCUAUUCUUAAAAAAUCCAUGAUAACAAACAAAACCUGCAAGAAAACUGAAUACAUGUCCAGUGAGUGGAUUUAUUGCUGAGCUAAAAAGAGGCUCACAGGUAUUCCUAUUUCAGAGGUCAUUGAAAGUUAAAGACUGUACAAAACCGUUAACCCUGAAUUCAGUGAUGGAGAGCUAGCAAAAUGGGUAGCCUCUGCAGGACUGUUUUACCCAGGGCAAAUUUAAUUCAAUUAUUUUGCUGUUCAAACUACCUGGCAACAAGACAUUAUUUAACUUUUCUUAUUAGAUCAUUCAUUGCAUUCCCCAUAUUGCAAUUACAUAGUUCAUCUAGGCUUUUACAGCUGAAGGAAGUGGCUGUGAUAGCCUAGAGUGUGUUGUGGUUGCUGAAGUGGCCAGAAGCAGAGACAGGCUGCAGCUUGGAGCUAGAAUCCACCUAAUGCAGAUGUCAGCAUCAGACACAGCAACUCUCUAAAUCCACACACAUGCAUAUUGCAUAUUUAUAUAUUCAUUCAUACAUGGGAGAGCAAAACUCUAGAAAGGUGCAUGCAUAAUUCUAAAUGUGAAUCACGACCAGGGCUGCCACAUUUUCAGGCUGUGGUUGAAAUGAAAGAACUUUUUGUCCUGUGCUGUUAUUUGAUUGAGGGGACACAAGUAGAAUGAGGAGCUAGAUUUCUUCCCACUUGCCAGCACUUCAGUUAAGGGAUAACUGUGUCCAAGGGAAAUGCAAAACACAUGCCAAUGUAAUAGCCAAAAGGACUUACUAUCACAGUGAUAUUCUUUUCUCUUGUCACACCAAGUACACACAAGGGCUCUGUUCAAAGUGGACAAACUGCUUCAGUUAAGUGUGAACAUAGAAACACAGGCAGGAAAAGUCUUUUUCUCUGCCAAUAAAAAGUGAGGAAAAUGGGUAAAGUAAGAUGGAAAAAUAAGAGAGAAACCAUAUUAAUUCUUGUAGUUUGAGUGAUAAAUUGAAAGGAGAAAUGAAAGUCAAAAUAACAAAGCCUGAAUAUCAUGUUCAAUGGAUUUCUAAUUCUGUAUAUAUCUAUUAAACCAGUGCUAUAUAUCUUCUUAUGGGUUUAUUUUCCUGUUUCUUUCCAUUAUUUUUUUCCAGUUUGUAUAUUGAUUUUGUAAGCUAGCAGUGUGUUACCUUUACAAUUUUUUAAAACUUGUAUGAAAGCCAUAUAUCCAUAUUGUAGAACGAAAGCAUUAAUCCUGUAACAUCCCUUAAUGUUUCCCUUAGCUCUGUGGGAUUUUGGGGGGCUCUAGCUAAUGUAUAUGUUUACCAAUUGUAUCAGCAUAAUUUACUUGCUCUUAGUGGCAAUAAAGAAUUAAAUAAACUAAUACACAGA